GUUUAUUAUUCAGUAUUGUACCGUCUAUCGGAUAGAACAGUGCGCGUGUGUGCACGCGGACGUGUAUAGGGAAGGUUAAAUUACUUUUCGAAAUGGAUCGAAAGUGCAUUUUCGCUGCUGUUAAAAGCAGAAGAUGACGAAGAAAUUCUGUUUAGAAUUUCUAACAAAAUGAAAGAGAAAGAAUGCUAAAGAUGUACGGUGUGUCAUGUAACUGGUGGUACAAUGAGAUAGGUGCUGUCAUUUAGACGUCAAAAACGCUGUCGGAUCAACCGAUGUUUGCCGAGCCAAUACCGAACGUCACCGUGCCAGUGGGGAGAGACGUCAGCCUACCCUGUGUCGUCGAAAACCUCGGUAAUUACAAGGUGGCGUGGGUGCACGUGGGCCGGCAGUUGUUGCUCACCAUUCACACGCACGUGGUCGUGAAGAUCCCACGGUUCAAGGUGUCCCACGACAACCAGAAGACCUGGCUGCUCCACAUAAACAGCGUGCAGCAAGACGACCGGGGUUACUACAUGUGCCAAGUGAACACGGUGCCCAUGAUGAGUCAGGUCGGCUUCCUGAAAGUCGUCGUGCCGCCGAACAUAUUGGACUCGCUGUCUACCGAGAGCGCGGUGGCGGUUCGGGAGCAUCAGAACAUGACGCUGACGUGCAAAGCGGACGGAUACCCGACGCCGAAAUUAACGUGGAGGCGGGAGGACGGCCAGGACAUAAGCCUCAAUCGGCAUAACAAAGUGUCCAUGUAUGAUGGCGAGCAAUUAAACAUGACGAAGAUCACGCGCAACGAGAUGGGCGCGUACCUCUGCAUCGCGAAAAACGGCGUGCCGCCGACAGUCAGCAAGAGGAUCAUCGUCAACGUCGAAUUCUCGCCGAUGAUCUUGGUACCGAAUCAGCUGGUGGGCGCGCCAGUUGGCACCAACGUGACCCUCGUCUGCCAGACCGAGGCUUAUCCACGGGCGAUGAACAACUGGCACCUAGAGCGUGAGAUGAUACUCUCGAACAACAAGUACACGACGAAGAUCAUGGAGAACAGUUACAGGGCGACCAUGGAGCUCACCAUCAGCAACCUGCAGCUCGGCGACUUCGGGAGCUAUCGUUGCGUCAGCAAGAACUCGCUGGGCGACACCGAGGGCACGAUUAGGUUGUACGAAAUUGCGAAGCCGUCCGAGGCGCCGAAGGCCACGGAGAUCAAGAGCAGCGCCAACAAAGAAGGACAACCGAGCACGCCGUCACCAGCAACCGUGUGGCCCUCCUCGUACAACCCGUACAAUACGAAAAGGACAGAGAGGCCACCUCCCCCGAGCGAGGAGAGGGUCGAGAGGCCAGAGCAGAAGCUACGUGGUGGCCAGAGCACAGGGAGCGCGUACAUCAUCAGGUGGAGUGCCCCGCAGCUGAUGGUCGUGGCGGUGCAGUACAUCCUCACGGGGCCCUACAUGCCCCCUUACGUGGCCCAGACGGCCAAUUAGGGCACCGGCUAGCAGGAUCACGGAAGUCGCGAGCCGUGUUCGUCCAGGACACUCCAUCGUGUCCUCGCGAACCGACGGAGCUGCAUACGAACGGACGAUGCGCCGGCCCGGCGCGGUGCAUUCUCGACGCGCCGAGCGCGUUGCGUCGACGACACGCGGUAAAAAGAACGCGCGCGCGGAAAUUUCGAGGGGAUAUUUCGUGUCCGGGGCGAUCGACGCGGUGGAAAUUUGUGCGCUUUUAUGCUAGCGGGAAUCUCGACGCGGGGUGUCGAAUCGAACGCGCGUUUUCGUUGCAUCGGUCGACGUAAUCGGUCGCGUUUCGAUUCGUUCGGAUUCGCGCGAGACCGCAUCGACUUCCACGACGACGUUCACGCGUUCGGGGGAAUUUCGUUGGUGCUUCGGCGGGAUUUAAUGGCCCACGUUGAUCGUCGACGAGGAGAGACCGAUCUGAUAGCCUCCGUAUGAAAUUCGCGCGGAUUGACAGUUCGACCGCGGUCACGUUUCACGGCAGCAGACGAAAUUAUUUGCCGAGGUCGGCGGAUACCUUUAAUUGGAUUGUUAAUCGCAAUCGAACAUUAAUUAGGGUAAUUGAAUUACGGAUCGGAUGCCGCUGGAUUACGGGCUUAAUUAGUAUCGGAUAUUUAUUGUGAGGCGAAUUAUCUUGGUGAAUUAUUUGUGGGAAGUAAUGAUGUAUGAACGCCGCGUUCCAUCGCCCCCACUCCCCCCUCCCCCGCCCAGGCCGUACGCUAAUAUAACCGCGUGACGUUUCGACGCGAUUGCCGCGGCUAAUCGCGAUCCACCGUUCGAACGAACGAGUCUUCGUGACGGACCGAUACGGGAUCUGAGAGCGACGGAACGGUCGCGUGCAACUUCGAACGCGGACCCUCGAAACAGACACGAUGUUAUGGGAACGAGCAGGUACGACGGAGAACUUUUUCCAAUGCACACCGCUACCCGCCGCGUAAAUUUAUGCGAUCCGCAUGCUACGCUGGCCACGCGAGUCCACUCUUUUUGAUACUUUUAUAACCCGUCUCGUGACGUAAGAUCGAUCCGUUAAUGGCUCGACGAACGAAGUCGCAAGCUGUCUCCCGUGCGAAACGAGAAAACCGAGCGACGAAGAGACUUGAGAGACUUGUACUCAAAAUAUCCUGACUCAGCCGUAAGAGAUGUUCCCCUCUCCCUCCCUCCGGAUGGAAGGAUGCGCAAACUUCGAAACUAUGGUGCAUAUAUCUCGAGCCAUGGAGAAACCAUAGUCGCCUGGUGGGACUAUCCGUGUGCGAAGCACUAUCGGAAACGUCAGCCAACGAAACUUACUCCGCAAGCCAAGCUCUCGCUGCCCUUACUCUUUCGUGGCUUCGGCUCUUCGCCUGCUGACUACACUCGUCGGCUUGCAAACCACCGAAGACCGCCUGUCCGCGAAAGAUCUGGCCCGUGGUGCGCGAUUUACACCACGGCUAUCGUCGUCGCACGUCGUUGCAUUCGACCAACGCUGGAAUCGAGCUUCGAGGAAUUGUAGAAUUUUCCGGCUAAGCUGGUCGAAGCGAAAGCUGUACGUCCGCGACGAUAAUUAGUAGAUGCUAAUUGAGACAGAAAGGUGAUUGGGGGAAUCGAAGAACUAUCGGAAUCGAGGACUUUGGACAACGAUCUGUAAUCUGAUUGUUUUGCUUUUAGGAUUCUUGCCGGUUGAAUCGAAAGCAAAAUGUCGAAAGAUCUCGGCGAAAGUUUUAUUCGGAAAGAUGCGACUUGAAUUUUGCUUAUCGUCGCGAUGCAUCGACCAAUCGCGAAGCAUUGUUAUUGAGCUGUUGCAAAGUUAAUCUAUUAAGUGAAAAUGGUUUCUCCGGAUGCAUUAGGCUGAAUGUAAAGCCCUAAACCCAUGACAAAAAUGAGUAGCUGCUAAUUGAGACAGCAAAAUGAUUGGGGGCGCCGAAAAACUAUCGGAAUCGAAGACCUUGGACAAGGAUCUGUAAUCUGAUUAUUCUGCUUUUUAGAUUUUUAAGCAUUGCCGCUUGAAUCGAAAGCAAAAAGUCGAAAGAUCUCGGCGAAAGUUUUAUUCGGAAAGUUGCGACUUGAAUUUUUCUUAUCGUCGCGAUGCAUCGACCAAUCGCGAAGCAUUGUUAUUGAGCUGUUGCAAAGUUAAUCUAUUAAGUGAAAAUGGUUUCUCCGGAUGCAUUAGGCUGAAUAUAAAGCCCUAAACCCAUGACAAAAAUGAGUAGCUGCUAAUCGAGACAGCAAGAAACAUGCGAAAGCAAUUGGUUAAGUAGAUUUUGAGAUACGAUAGUCACCGUUUUGAAAAAAAAGAACAUACUUUCGAGAAGAACUUCAUAAAAUUUCAAGUUUUGCACACCAAUACCGAGCAUUCAUAUGUAUAUCGUGAAACUGUAACUUUCUAAAUUCUAAAAAUUCAGACAGAAGAUUUUGCGGACGUAGCACCGAGCCUAUGUUUUUCGAGAGAUCGCGACAGCUAAAUUAGCAGCACGGUUCCUGGAGUAAAAACCAAACAAUUCGAAGAUUAGCCUAUUGGCUAACUGGUUAUGUUAGCAGCACGGUUCCCGGAAUAAAAGCCAAACAAUUCGAAGAUUAGCCUAUUGGCUAACUGGUUAGAUUAGCAGCACGGUUCCUGGAAUAAAAGCCAAACAACUCGAAGAUUAGCCUAUUGGCUAACUGGUUAAAUGAGCAGCACGGUUCCUGGAAUAAAAGCCAAACAAUUCGAAGAUUAGGCUACUGGCUAACUGGUUAAAUUAGCAGCACGGUUCCCGGAAUAAAAGCCAAACAACUCGAAGAUUAGCCUAUUGGCUAACUGGUUAAAUUAGCAGCACGGUUCCUAGAACGAAAGCCAAACAGUUCGAAGAUUAGCCUAUUAAUAAGAUUGCCAGCUGGCGGAACGCCUGAAUCCGGAAGCAGGGAGCUAAAAAAUGAUGCAUCGGAUUACCUCGACGCAGUGUGCCGCAGCUGAAUUAUUCCGGGGGAGAAGGGUCGAAAGUGGUCGAUUCGGAAUAGCAUUGUCCCUCUGGAGGACGUGCGUGAGCUGCGUGGACAGGCUUCCUUGAAUGGGAGCCUCGUGGCAGCGACUUUUCAAGCGAGCAGAAAGUAGCAUUCAAGUAGACAACUCCCCGGGGGAAGGAGAGCUGGCCCGCGGGGGGCCAGGGGGUUAGGUGGCCGGGGAGGGAUUUGAUUAAUGCUUCGGCACGUGAAAAAUGGUGCGAGCACGGUUCUCGCGUCCUCGCGGAAUCAUGAGGGUGCCACGCGGACCGGCAGCGCUCGGCGCCCCUGGAUAUCCGCAGAUAUUUUUUAAACCACGCUCGAAGAGCCACGGAAAAUCCAAUUAUCGAAACCCGUGGACGGAGGGCGGCCGGGGGGGUGGAAGGAAAUUUCAUUCUCGUUUUUCAAAAGGUCAUCCUGCCGCGAACGUUUCGGCCGACCGCGAUCCUUCGCGCCGAUAUUAACGCUAGAACCGAGCAAUCAAGGGUGUCCGGCGUUUUCGGGGCAACGAAUGCGCGUUUCAACGCGAUCGGCCGGAACGUCCACUUUGUCCGGGCUUAACUGUUUCGAAUGCAACAACGGUAACGGACUCGUUACGAAGAUUUCGGACGUUGUUCAACGACUAUCUGUUCUCGAUACAGUACAUUCUCGCCGAUUGUCCCUCAGCUUUUUUAACAAAAACGAACAAUUCGAAUCGACAAACUUUAAAACAUUUUGCGUUAAC